AUGCCGCAGACGCAGCUCCCCUACCGCUACAAACGUCUGACUUCGACCGCCACGACGCGUUUGGUCCAGAUACAGCCGUCCACUGCGUCUGGAUCCGGUUUGGUCGUGAACAUCGUCGAAGCUUUUCCCUCGGGCCCGCUGGAGUACGAUGCCCUGUCGUACACAUGGGGCACGGCGGAGCCGGACAAGCCCAUCGUGGCCAACAACGACCGGCGGCUGCUCGUCACGGACAACCUGGCCAAGGCGAUGCGGCGCUUCCGCCACGCGACCGAGGUCGUGUCGCUCUGGAUUGACCAGCUCUGCAUCGACCAGCGGAACGCCCGGGAGCGCAGCCUCCAGGUCGCCAUGAUGGGCACGAUCUACCGGUCCGCGCGCAAGGUCAUCGUCUGGCUCGGCGACGACGUCCAGGACGACGGAUCAUCCCAGCAGCAGCUCAACCUCAAGCCGGGCCUGCGCCUCGCCGGCCAGAUCCUCGACAAGCUGCGCGAGGAGCCCCGGCUCAAGUUCGACUGGAGCAACAGCGCCACCAGCUCCCUGCCGCGCGCUGGCAACAGGCCCUGGCAGGCCCUCGCAGCGAUCCUCCGGCGUCCGUGGUUCGGCCGCAUGUGGGUCAUCCAAGAGGUGGUUCUGUCGUCGUGCAUAGAGGUCUACUGCGGGCGGGAGAUGUUUACGUGGGACGAGGUGGGGAAGAUUGUGGACUAUCUCGAUUGCGACGAGUAUAGAGCGUACAACAUCCGGAACUCGGAGCUCGUCACCGAACUGCCCUUCUCACGCAUUAACCGCAUCAAGAAGCAGCACGAGCAGGGGGUUCGACCCGACCUGUUUGAGUUGAUGCUGGCGUGUCGGCACUUUGGCGCGACGGAUGAGAGGGACAAGAUAUACGCCUUGCUGGAGCUCGGCGAGCACGAUAUCACGCCUGAUUACAGCAUGAGCCCGAGAGACGUGUUUGUGGAUUUCGCAGCCCGUACGAUAAGGAUGGCUCAGCAGCGACGACGUUGCUGCGAUUACGGCAUCGAGAACCCGCAUCAGUUCCACUGCUGCGUCGAAGGCUUGAAAGACAGGGACAAGUACCUCCGCAUCAUGACCAUGCUAUGCUGCGCGGGCUCCACCAAUCAGAGGCAGAUUCUGUCGUGUAGCGAGAGGCUCCCGUCAUGGGUCCCGGACUGGACGCAGCCUCUAAAAGUCCGGCCCUUCUGCUUCUGGGGCUCAAAGACCUUCAUGGCCGGCGGUAGCGAGUACGGUGAGAUAUCAGUCCGGGACGAGGGUGCGCGGCUGUCCAUCCCCGGCAAGCUCUUCGACACGGUACGAGCGGCGGGUAGCGUGAACCUGAACCUGACCGACAUCGCAGACGCGAAGGUGGAGCGGGAGCUAAUCACGCAGUGGUAUGCCGACUGUGACCGCAUCGUCGCGCAGAAUCGCUUCCCGUACCCGGUGACGGGUAAGGAGCCGAGGGUGGUGAUGAAGAAGAUCCUGGAGCACAACGGCAUUGGCGAGACGACGGCGGCGGCGGCGGCGGCAGGGGCGACGGUGACAGCGAGGAAAACGCCGGGACACAACAACAACACCACUGCCGCACAACAGCGCCCGCAGGCCUACCAGCAAAGACGCUCGUCGGGCAACCUGAUCGACGAUCUCGCCAGCCCUCAGUGGGUCCUGCCGGACCAGCACUAUGAAUCGACAAUGGGGGUCGCCGUGGGACGCGUGCUCUUCCUGACGACUUCGGGCUACAUGGGUCUGGCGCCGCACGGGACCCGCGACGGCGACGUGGUCUUCGUCGUGCUGGGGUGCGACAUCCCAUUCGUCCUACGGCCGGCCGGCGGCGGCGAUCAUUGCGGCGGCGAGGGCGGCGGUGACUACGUGCUGCUCGGCGAGUGCUUCGUGUACAAGGCCAUGGAUGGCGAGGCGAUGCGUGAUGAUAGCAAAGCGGUCCAGGAUGUUACCGUCAUAUGA